AGUCUUCCAUAUCCUCUAAGAAACUCAUUACUUCUCUUUGAAAGAUACUGUGAUAUGGGUUUCCGUUUGCCUAGAAUUGUUAAUGCUAAGCAAAGUCCUCGACGAUCUUCAUUGUCUCGAAACGGAGCAUCAGUGGUCGACGUUCCAAAGGGGUACUUUACAGUUUAUGUUGGUGAAGAACAAAAGAAGCGUUUUGUCAUUCCAUUAUCUUACUUGAACCAACCUUCAUUUCAAGAUUUGUUGAGUCAAGUAGAAGAAGAAUUUGGAUAUGAUCAUCCAAUGGGUGGCAUCACUAUUCCUUGCAGUGAAGACCAUUUCCUUGAUGUCACUUGUAGCUUGAAUGGCUCAUGAACCAGAGGGAUUAGUGUUUAGAAUAGAUGGUAUAGACAUAGAAUUAGAUAAGUACAGAAUUG